GAGUUUCUUUGGUCUUGUAUUUGAGUUUGGUUUCACCCAAACUGCUUUGUCACUCUUCAAUUGAAUGAAAAUAUCAUUUUUGCAAAAAAAAAAAGAAAUAAAAAUAGAAAAAAGACAAAGAAAAGGUUUAGAGUGGAAGACACAAAAACAAUAGUAAAUCUUAACCACCCAACCAAAAUGGAGGAAAUGAACAUAGUAGUCAUCGCCCCGCUCACGCCAACACUGCCUCUGCGGAAUUUCCCAAGCUUUGCAAAUAUAAAUAAAGCACUCAAGGUGUUCGUGCUUUUUCCUCUGUGGCGACUCUCUUCUCUUCUCGUUUUCUUCGCCCCCUCCGCCCCGCGAUACUAACCACAAUGGCUGCUGCCUCUGCCGCUGGAUCUGCCGUCCUUUCCCUCAAUGCUGCCGGGAUUUCUCACCGCAAACUCUCCAAUUUUAGCCUGGUUUCAUUGCCUGUUAAAUUUCCGGCCUCCCUUGAUUUGCAAUGCCGAUCUCUUCGCUCCGCUUCUUCCCCAGGCGCAAAGGCGCAGGUCGCGACUGUCGAACAAGCGGCUACUGAAACGCCACAGAAGGUAGAAGCUCCUGUUGUUGUUAUCACUGGAGCUUCCAGAGGAAUCGGCAAAGCUGUUGCUUUGGCUCUCGGGAAAGCUGGCUGCAAGAUUUUAGUUAAUUAUGCAAGGUCAUCAAGUGAGGCAGAAGAAGUUUGCAAAGAGAUAGAGGCGUCUGGUGGACAGGCUCUUACUUUCGGCGGAGAUGUUUCCAAAGAAGCAGAUGUGGAGUCAAUGAUAAAAACUGCAGUUGAUGCAUGGGGAACUGUAGAUGUUUUGAUCAACAAUGCAGGCAUUACGAGGGAUGGUUUGUUGAUGAGAAUGAAGACAUCUCAAUGGCAGGAGGUCAUUGAUCUGAACCUUACCGGAGUCUUCCUAUGCACACAGGCAGCUGCCAAGGUUAUGAUGAGGAAGAAAAAGGGAAGGAUAAUUAAUAUCUCAUCCGUCGUUGGUCUUGUUGGAAAUGUUGGCCAAGCCAACUACAGUGCUGCAAAAGCUGGGGUAAUUGGACUAACAAAGACAGUUGCCAAGGAAUAUUCAAGCAGAAACAUUACUGUGAAUGCUGUUGCUCCUGGAUUCAUUGCAUCUGAUAUGACUUCUAAGCUUGGGGCAGACUUUGAGAAAAAGAUAUUGGAGGCCAUCCCAUUGGGAAGGUAUGGGCUGCCAGAGGAAGUCGCUGGGUUGGUGGAAUUCUUGGCCCUUAGCCAAGCUGCUAGUUAUAUCACUGGACAGGUGCUGACCAUUGAUGGAGGUAUGGUCAUGUAAGAGGCUCCUGAGGUUCAGCAUUGCUCUAGAUAACCCUCUCCAAAUGUGUGGCGCUAUGAGCUGACUCGCCUGUAUGCUCAAGUUUUGGCCUUGAAAUAAUUUAGUGAAAGAAUUUGGUAUGAUCAAGAUUUGAGUUUAUUGAAAGCAGGUGGUUGUAGUCAUUUGUAGUACUUCCAAUUGAUAUGUCAACAUCGUUUACUGGUUUGAAAGACAAGCUGAAUCAAGUUUGUCUUGAUUUAUGAAACAUAGAUAGGGAGGUGACAAUAGCUUUUGUGGUGUUCAAUUCUUCCUCUUUCUUUUAUAAGAUAUGUUGAAAAGCA